UCAGGAACAAACUUGGCAACACAAGCGCGGGAAAACCUGAACGACAAACAGCGCUUCCGCUUUGACCAGAACAGUCUGUCAAGCAGUAAAGACGUUUGAUUAAAAAUAAAAUUGCAGCCCGCCGGAAUCUGUUGUAACUAGAAAUCGAUGGCAAGUAACCAGGCCUUCUCAGUUUUGGAAAAAAUGAAACCAGUAACGGCGCGCCAGGUUGCUAGCUUUAGCCUGAAAUAAAUCCUGGAAACCAUCACGAUCAUGAAGUGACUUGCUGGUCCUGCCCUGUGGUCAACAUGGAUCGCUACAACGAAGUGAAACAGCUGCUGAAAAGCUGGGAACACUUGUUUGUCCAGCAGCACCAGAGGAAACCCAAUAAGGAGGACAUUGAUCAGGCUCCAGAAGAGACUAAAGGGCUGUAUAAGGAGUACAGGAAUUUAAAACAGGCUAAAGUCAACUGCAAUGAUUCAUCCAGCGGCCAUAGACGGGCUACAGCCUCAGCAGAUAUCAACCCGACUCAUAAGGAAUUGGAUUGUUGGGGCGCCCAUCUGAAUCGCAAAGCAAUGCCGGCGUCUGCUCCAACACUGACGUCCCAGGAAAAAGAUGGUCUCAUGGCUUCAUCACAGUAUUAUGGUCUGAAGCUUAAAAACAACCUUACUCUCAGUAAGGAGAAACCAGUUUCACUGAAGAAAUCUCAUCGUACGGGUCGAGUUCCUCUGAACUCUUUAAAAGAUGAUCAGCCAGUACAGAAGAACAGCCUCAGUUUAUGUGCUGCCGCUGCCAAGACCUCCGCUGGAGAUCAAGAACAGGGGCUCCUCUCACCAAGUGAGAUGAAGCCCCCUUUCAGGUCAUUGGCCUCUAAAAGUCUCCAUGCAGUGGAGCCUGAAGAGCACUUUAAACCAUUUAAACCUGAAUCUGACCUCGGAGAUGCUGUUAACAGUUGCGGCAAUAAUUGUUCUGUUAAUGAUAGUCAUAGCAACGGUAUUGGUUCUCAGUUUCAGAUCGUUAAAACUUCUUCUGCAGCCAGAUCCUGCCCUCUGUUAUCGUCUUCAUCCCCACAUGGUAACGCUGAAAGCACAGGAAAGGAAAACGAAGGUGCAGGAGAUGAAGAAGAUUCUCCCUCAGAAAGUCCAAUUAGGAGUGUUGACCGUGGCGCUUCAGUUGUUUUCCAACGGAGCCCGCCUUUUCUUGGUGGAUCACGAGGAAGGUUAGUUAAACGGCCCUCUGUUGCCAACAGACUGAGCUUCGUCGACAGGAAUUGGUUGGAGAGGUGUCAGGUGUUCGGAGAGCUGGAAGCUGAGGAGAUCCCCGGAGGAGGAAACCAGGAAACACAAGUGAAAAAACUACAGGAGAAGGAAGUAACUGAAGGAAGAGCUGAAACAGAUUUGGAGGGUGAAAAAAGACAGUCAGAAGACUUUGGACACGAAGAAAAGUUGGCAAAUCCUUUGAGGGAUAAUGUUGUCGCUGCAACAAAUGAUGCUGAACAAGAUACUGGAAAAAGUAAAAGAGAGGAAGCUGGGGAAAUAGAAAGAGGACAAUCACAGCUCUCUCCACCAGAUGAUAACAAUGAAGAUACUCUGAAAUCAGAAGGUACAAAGAAGAGGGGGCGAAAGAGGCGGAGGGAGGGGCACGACACGGUGGGAUGUAUCACAGAAAAGGACGGAGCAAAAAAGAGGCGAAGGAAUAAUAAAAACAAAGCAGAGAGCUCGGCUUUAAGCCCUAAUUCAGUGGAUGGAGGAGAAGGGAAGAAAAAGAAAACCAAAAGAAAAGAUCUUGUGGAGGAGGAUGAGAAGGAAGCAAGCAAGGCAGCCAAAAAGGCUCCUCUGGAGAACCUUUUAGGAGAAAUUCAGGAGGAGUUUAGAGCUAAUCGGGGUUAUAAGACGCCGCCUGUCAAAGUCAGAGCAACUAAAGGUGCAGAGGGGAACUUUGUGAAGAUAAACCUGAAGAAGAAAUCUCAUGUGAAAGGAUAUGCUUUAAGGGGACUUGCUUUGCGCAAACAGCUGUACAUGCAGAAGUUUCAGCUGAAAGGGGAGCGUUUCGGUGGAGGCGGUGGAUAUUUUGGCAGAGGACGGAGGGGUGGCUUCAGAGGGGGGCUGAGUCGGCAGGGUGACACCUGUUACAAGUGUGGAGGGACCGGACACUGGGCCGUGGAGUGCAAAGGACGAGCCCCUCCACCACCUGUUUCUAAGGAUCAGCCUGCGGAAGAGGAACCGUUUGAACUGCCCACCCUUGAAGACGUUGCCAGGGCAACUGGAACGCUGCAACCUCAGCCAUUGGCAUCUCCUCGUGUCAGCACAGGACCAGACCAACAGGAAAGAGGAGCAGACAGCGGGCACACAGACGAGAUGUUGUUAAACGUAAUCCGACCCGACUAUGAGCGACCCGCUCCUCCACCACCGAUGGAACCUCUUUAUCCCCUCACAGAGGACGGAAAAGUCCAGGAAACCCCUGCUGAAGUCUAUGCAGCUCUGAGAGAACUUGGCUAUCAGUCGUUUAGACCCGGGCAGGAGAAGGCCAUCAUGAGGAUCCUGACAGGACUCUCCACCCUGGUGGUGCUAUCCACUGGAAUGGGUAAAUCACUGUGCUAUCAGCUGCCAGCUUACCUAUACGCACAGCGAUCAAAAUGCAUCACUCUGGUCAUUUCACCUCUAGUUUCUUUAAUGGAUGAUCAGCUGUCAGGCCUGCCUACCAAGUUAAAGGCUGCCUGCAUCCACUCCAACAUGACGAUGAAGCAGAGAGAAGCUGCUGUAGAAAAGGUGAAGUCUGGCCAGGUUUGUGUGCUGCUUCUCUCUCCAGAGGCUUUGGUCGGUGGAGGAGGUUCAGGUUCAGGAUGUCUGCCCUCUGCUCAGGAGCUCCCUCCUGUGGCUUUCGCCUGUAUAGACGAGGCUCACUGUGUGUCUGAGUGGUCACACAACUUCAGACCCUGCUACUUGAGGCUUUGUAAGGUACUCCGGGAGCGCCUCGGAGUGAAGUGUUUGCUGGGACUCACAGCUACAGCCACUUUGUCCACUGCACUGGACAUCGCUCAGCAUUUGGAGAUCAGAGAUAAAGACGGAAUAGCUGUGAGAUCUGCAGCUGUGCCUCCGAACCUGAACCUAUCAGUGUCCAUGGAUAAGGAAAAAGACGAGGCUUUAGUUUCUUUGCUGAAAGGAGAUCGGUUUGGCUGUUUGGACUCCAUCAUAGUCUACUGCACCAGACGAGAGGAGACUGUUCGAGUGGCUGCACUGCUGAGGACCUGCCUGCAGGGGGUGGUGUUGAAAGAAAACACCCAAUUCAGCCAGACACAGAACAACCCAGUUGGACAGAAAAAGAAGGAACUGGCUCGGAAGAAGAUCCGUAAACCCCUGAAAUGGCAGGCUGAGGCGUACCAUGCCGGCCUGUCUGGGUCGGAGCGCCGUCGCGUCCAGAACAACUUCAUGUGUGGGGAGCUCAGAAUCGUAGUGGCCACUGUGGCGUUCGGGAUGGGACUGGACAAAUCUGACGUUCGUGGUAUCAUCCACUACAACAUGCCAAAGAGCUUUGAGAGCUACGUUCAGGAAAUUGGGAGGGCCGGGAGAGAUGGAGAACCAGCUCACUGCCACCUCUUCCUGGACCCUGAGGGUUUGGACCUCCAUGAGCUCCGUCGCCACAUCUACGCAGACACUGUGGACUACUAUAUAAUCAAAAAACUGGUGCAGAGAGUUUUCCCUGCAUGUAAAUGUAAGAAGAUACACCAAAAACAGCAGGACCUCUGGAAGGAUGUUGACGACACUGAUCUGCUGGAGAUGAUGGAUGCCUGUGAUCAGGGAACCAACGAUCUCAAUAUCCUUGCAAAUAAACUUGGAGAAAAGCAGGACACCACUGCCUUAGAGGUGUCGCACCUCAAUUUAGCUGAGCAAUCCCUCCAAGAACAGAAAGAGCAGAUGGUUAAGAAGAAAGAAGGGAAAGACAAGGGCGCAGAUUGGCAGAGUGGGCAGAAAGGGGAGAGUUGUGAUUGGCCCGAGGAGCGGGUGUGUCAUACCCAUGAAAGAGCGAUUCCCAUCCAGGAAACUAUCGAGGCUCUGGACAUCACAGAGGAAGGUGUUGAAACACUCCUCUGCUACCUGGAGCUGCAUCCACGGCGAUUUGUCGAGCUUCUCCACCCAACUCUGUCUGUGUGUAAAGUCAGGUGCUACGAUGGACCCAGACAGCUCCAAAAAGUCACCAAAAUUUGCCCUCCGGUUGCCGUGGCGUUGGCCAGGAGGAGAAUGGCAGGCGAGCGGGUGGAGAGGCUCAAUGAAGUGGAGUUUGAUGUUGUCGAGGUGGCGGACACUAUGGGAUGGCAGCUUGCCAUGGUAAAGAGAGGACUCAGACAGCUGCAAUGGAGCACUGAAAGAGGUGGUGGACGAAGCGGCAUCCUAGUUGAAUUCUCUUCUCCGUCUUUCUACUUCCGAUCUUAUGGGGACCUGAGCGAUGAGGAGAUGGACCGAGUUUGUCAGUUCCUCUAUAAUCGAGUGCAGGACCAAGAGAGAACGCAACUGUAUCAGCUCACAGCCUGCUUUAAGGCUUUCAAGAGUGUUGCCUUCCAAUGUGCGAAGUCCUGUGUGGACGACUUGGAUGGGAGUAGCAGUUUGCAGCUGAAAAACCUUCUCUCUGAGUACUUUGACAAGCGGCGAGACCGAGAGCACACACUGCAACCAGUGGACCUCGAAGAGCUCGACAAAUACAAGCUGUUGGACUGGGAGAGUCAAAUCCGAGCCGACAUCAGAGGUUUUCUUGCCAACAGAAGUGAUGAGAAGUUUUCUGGGAGAGCUGUUGCAAGAAUCUUGCAUGGCAUAGGCAGUCCUUGUUAUCCGGCUCAAAUAUAUGGCAAAGAUCGACGUUAUUGGAGGAAAUACAUCCGCUUUGACUUCAACCAACUCAUCAGGCUGGCUACCCAGGAGAUUAUUCACUUCAAGUGACCGUCCUCGCCUGUAGCGGGAGUUUUUUUUAAAUCAGAUCUUUAUUUAAUCAUUUUGUGUGUAACUAUAAUGUGAAAUUUAUAAUUGUUCUCUAUCUCUUCUUUUUUGUGUCAAUUGUUAUUAAAUAAAAUGUAUUUUUGUAGUGAA